UUUUGUGUUCCCUGCUACAGGAUGGGGGUGGGGUGGGGAGAGGUUUGGGGGCUGCUGGGACUGGCGGCAGUUGGAGUCUAUGUCCUGUGGGGUCCUUCAACUCGUGCAUCACGAAAAAAAGGUCUUGUACCGGGCCUGCGAAACAUUGGGAACGCGUGUUACCUGAACGCACUGCUGCAAGCCCUUGCCACAUGCGCGCCUCUGCACGCCUGGUUACAGGGCACCGACUCAGCCCCUGGCUCGGAGCCGGAGCACGGCACGAACAAGCGAAUGAACAAUGAGUGUCACGCUCACAGCGGUGACGCACGCACGCCGGGCCCGUGUCACAACCAGGAAGAGGUUACUCACGGCGGUGACACGGACACGCAUAGCAUUGACGCGGGUUUCAGUGGGAUUAAGGCUGACGUACACAGUAAUAACACAGAAACACACGACAUUAGCACAGACACAGCCGGUGGUAACACAGACACACGCGGCAUUAAUACUGACACGCGGCAAAUGAACACUGACACGCUUGACACUAACACAGAGACGCACGGCAUUAACACAGAGCCGCAUGGCAAUAACAUUGUGACACACGACAUUAACACAGACAAACACGGCAUUAUCACAGACACACAGCAAAUUGACACUGAGACACCCAGCAUUAAUACAGAGACGUACGGCAUUGACACGAACGCAUACAGCAUUAAUAUGGACACAAACUACACAAACACACACAGCGUUAACACAGACACCGACGACCUGCAUACGGACAGGCACAGCAAUAAUACGCACAACACAGACACCCGCGGCAUGAACAGUGACACGCGUGACACGAACACAUACAGCACUAACAGAGACACAGGCAACACGAUCACCCACAGCGUUAACGUGUACGACACAAAUAGCAAUGGCACUAACCCAGACAGCAUGAACACAGCCAUACAUGACAGGAACGCAGGCAGCAUGAAUACAGGCAUACAGAGCAUUAAAACGCAAAGCAGCAGCGAAAACACAGACGACAACAAUGCACACAGCGCUGAGUUGGACACACGCACGACGAAUGUAGACAGUAACAGCAAAGACUCGGACAGACAUAGACUCAACACAGACACACGUAAUAAUAAUGCAGACACGCAAACCAGCAGCACAGACACGCAUUGCAUUGACACACCUAACACGAGCACGGACAGUGGCGGCAUUGACACAGAAGCACACGGAAAUAAUAUUGCUACGCGUGUCAUUAGCGCAGGCACACGUAGUGCUGACACGGGCACACGCAGCAGUCAAACGGCAAGGUGCCACGCUGACACAAACAUGCACGGCGGUAAUAAAGGCAGGCACGACACCAGCACAGACGCACACCACACAAACGCACGUGCACACAGCGGCGAUACAUUUAUACGUGACGCGAACGCAGGGUCAAGUAGCCCUGGCGCAGACGCACAUACUAGCAUGGACACCGAGGACAAAAACAUAGCUGCGCAGAGCAGCGGCACAGACACACGCCACACGAACACGGACAUUCACUGCAAUUACACAGGCAGACGCCACGCUAGCGCAGGCACGCACGCCACUUACGCGCCGGCCUCGCGCUCCUUGGAGAGUGUUGCGUCUGAAGUCGGCGAGGACCCGGGCCUGGGUUCCGGCCGCUUUAUCGUUCGCCGGAGCAGCGAGUCGAGCGCUCGGGAGCGCAGGGCCCCGAGCGGUCACCUUCACGCCGCUCUGCUGGGAAUGCUGAGAGUGCUCAUGGGAGAAGGGGAUGCGGCGGAUGCCCCAGUGCAUGCUGGGCCGGUGUUGGAGGCUCUGAGAUCACAUGGUUGGGAGAUCCCGGCACAUCAGGAGCAGGACGCCCACGAGCUGUUCGCUGUUGUGAUGACGACGCUGGAGGAAGAGAGGCAGGGAAGGUCAUCGCUGGCGUUUUCCGGGCUGCAGUUGCAGAGGCUGCCUAUGCUGGAGUCAGCUGGAGUGGUCAACAGAGUGACUGGAGGUCUCCACGUUCCUCUGGCCAAGACCAGGAUGUCCCCUUUCCUCGGCCGAUUUGCGAUCACGCUGCAGUGCACGCGGUGCAAACACAAGGGUCCCGUGAGGCUUGAGAGCUUUGAAAGCGUCUCGCUCCCAAUCCCUCCCAACAUGCACGCCCCCUCGGUCCCCCUGGAACUGUGCCUGGAGAGCUUCUUCCGAUCGGAGCUCCUCACGGGAGUGAAAUGUGAUGCGUGCAGUCAGACACAUCCUUCAGGUGCCUCAAUCCAGGCCGACUUCCUCAAAAGGACUCUGCUGGCAAAGCUGCCGCAGUGCGUGUGCAUUCACCUGCACCGGCUGGCGUUCUCCCGCGACUCCCACGCCUACAAGGAGCAUGGCCACGUCUCGUUCCGAUCCUCGCUCGACCUGGCUCGAUACACGCUGCAGAGCGAGCUGUCGAAAGGACGGGUCGGCCAUUGUGGCAGCCGGUUCACCCUCACUGCCGUUGUGGUGCAUUAUGGGAACUCGACGAGUGGGCACUUUGUGACGUACCGCAGCAUACCGAGUGGAGGACGGGUUCGCGGCCGCUGGGUUUGCUGCUCCGAUGAUGAAGUCCGCUCUGUGAGUCUCUCUGAGGUUCUCAACUCCCGGGCCUACCUACUUUUCUAUACACGAACGUGAUGUCAUCACCACCACCGUCAUCGUCGUCGUCGUCGCCAUCAGCACUUUCACGACCAACAGCUGCAUUAACCGCACUACCGUCACCAUCACCAUGAUCAUCACUAUCACCACAUUUGCCAUUAUUAUUGCUAUUACCACCACUGUCAUUAUCACCUCCACUGUAUCGUCCACACCACCACAAUCAUGCACCACCAUUGCCAUCAUUACCACCACUUCGUAACACACGCCAUCAUAACUGCAACCACAAUCAUCACAUUCGUCAUCACGAUCAACUCUGCCAUCACUACCAUCAUCACCACAACCAUUGUAGUAUCCAUCUCACCCAUAGCCAUUAUGCUUGAAAUCCAGUGUGUACAUUUUUUUAAUUCAAUUUGAAUAAUAAAACUUGGUGUAUAUG